GCUAGGAGGCGGGAGAGCCAGUUCGUGGACAGCCAGGACGCCAUGAAUAUCUUGCCUAAGAAGAGCUGGCACGUCCGGAACAAGGACAAUGUCGCCCGCGUGCGGCGUGACGAGGCCCAAGCCCGGGAGGAGGAGAAAGAGCGUGAGCGGAGGGUGCUGCUCGCGCAGCAAGAGGCCCGCACAGAAUUCUUGCGAAAGAAAGCCAGGCAUCAGAACUCAGUGCCUGAGCUUGAAGCCACAGAGGCGGGAACCCCAAGUUCUGGCCCUGUGGACCUGUUUCGGGAGCUGCUGGAGGAAGGAAAAGGGGUGACCAGAGGCAAUAAAGAGUAUGAGGAAGAAAAGCGGCAAGAGAAAGAGCGGCGAGAGAAAGCUCUGGGCAUCCUGACAUACCUGGGCCAGAGUGCAGCAGAGGCCCAGACUCAGCCCCCCUGGUACCAGCUACCCCCAGGGCGAGGGGCACCCCCACCUGGCCCAGGCCCAGACCAGAAGAUUAAGAGCCGCCUGGACCCUCUGAGGGAGAUGCAGAAGCAUCUGGGGAAGAGAAGGCACAGCAGCAACGAGGGAAGUCAUGGCAGAAAGGAAAAGGAGGGGCCUGAGAAGCAGCGGCCCAAGGACAGGCCCCCAUCCCUGGACCAGCUUCGAGCUGAACGUCUUUGGAGAGAAGCAGCUGAGAGGGCGAGGGCGGAGGCCCUGCUGGCCCAGGUCCAGGGUCGGGCACCACCAGAGUGUCCGCCAGAAGAGGAGGAGACAGACGACAGACGGCGGCGGUACAACUCCCAGUUCAACCCUCAGCUGGCCCGGCGCCCACGCCGGCAGGACCCCACCUUGCUCCCUGACUCCUGAGGGGGUGCAGGAGAGGCCGCUGCUGCCAGCCGUCGUAUAAAACUAUUUAUUCAUAAAUAUUUUCCAAAAUGAAAA